GUUCAGUAUGCGUUACUGUUUUAAAUGAUUUCUGAUUUAUGUUCAAGAAAAAUAUCUGAAUAUUGUUUGUAUUUUUCUUUUAAAGCACUACUUGGCUACUUUUGUCAUGUCGAUAGUCAAGACAGCAUUGCAAUUAGAAAUAAUGGGCUAAUUUAGAAAUAUUUAUUAUUUUGAUUCUUAGGAGACUGGUGUAAAUGUGAAAAGAACAUUUGCAUUUCUAUGAUUAGAUUUUUAAGUUAGUUUGUUUUCUUUUUUUCAGAGAAUACGACAAUGGGUGACUGGAGUUUUUUGGGAAACAUCUUAGAAGAAGUAAAUGAACACUCCACUGUGAUAGGAAGAGUAUGGCUGACGGUGCUCUUCAUUUUUAGAAUUUUAAUCCUUGGCACCGCUGCCGAGUUUGUCUGGGGAGAUGAACAGUCAGACUUUGUUUGCAACACCCAGCAGCCUGGUUGUGAGAAUGUCUGCUAUGAUGAGGCUUUCCCCCUUUCUCAUAUCAGACUUUGGGUUCUCCAAAUCAUAUUUGUCUCCACACCAUCACUGGUUUAUGUGGGCCAUGCUGUCCAUUAUGUGAGGAUGGAAGAAAAGCGGAAGGAGAGGGAGGAAGCUGAUACGAACAAGCAGCAGGAGAUGAACGAGGACCGGUUGCCUCUGGCUCCAGAUCAAGGGAGUGUGAGAACCACCAAGGAAACCAGCUUGAAAGGCAACAAGAAGUUCAGGUUGGAAGGAACACUGCUGAGGACCUACAUCUGCCACAUCAUCUUCAAAACCAUCUUCGAGGUUGGCUUUGUGGUGGGACAGUACUUUCUCUAUGGCUUCCAUAUUUUCCCUCUGUACAGAUGCAGCCGUUGGCCCUGUCCCAAUACAGUCGAUUGCUUUGUUUCCAGGCCGACGGAGAAGACAGUGUUCGUCAUCUUCAUGUUGGCAGUGGCUUCGCUGUCACUCUUUCUCAACUUUGUGGAGAUCAGUCACCUAGGAAUGAAGAAAAUUAGGCUUGCCUUUAGGAAGCACCCCCAGCAGCAAGGGGAACUGGUUUCUGAGAAGCCUUUGCACUCCAUUGCUAUUUCUUCUAUUCAGAAAGCCAAGGGUUACAAGCUCCUCGAGGAAAACAAGGUUGUGUCUCAUUUCUGUCCUUUGACAGUCAGGACGGAAGCCAGUAGCCUGCCAGCACCAUUUACAACCUCUGAAGAGAAGAGUAAUGAUGCAGGUCGUGUGGAAGAUGUUUCCAAGGUCUAUGAAACAUUACCAUCCUAUGUUCAGACUACUGAGCAAGAAGAAGACAUUCUAGAGGAACCACCCGCAGAAGCGACUGAGACGAUAGAAGAUACAAGACCUUUAAGCAGUUUAAGCAAAGCAAGCAGCAGGGCCAGGUCAGAUGAUUUAACAGUAUGA